AUGUCUGCCGCAGUGUCAAUCGACCAACUCCCCGUCGACAUUCUCGUUUCCAUCCUAAAAUCUCUCGACUCUUUCUCUACCCUCCACUCCGCCCUCCUGUCUUCCAGAGCAUUCAACAACACAUGGAAGCACAACGAAUACGGCAUCUGCCAGUCCAUCACACGAAGGCUGAUCCGACCAGAGGCCUGGAAUGAUGCUCUACGGCUGAUGCGAUACCACCUAGCAUCCCCAGGGAACAGCUUAAUAGGCAGAACCCAAGCUGCACAGCUGGUCCUCAAUAAACGAAAGAUCGAUGUCUGCCGUGACGCUGUCAUCUCUAAUGCCUUCAGCAAUGUCCCCAACUCGCUCAUGUUCGGCGCCCCUCUUCUCGUGGAUAUGGUACCCGGAGGAAGCCGGUUCGAGGUGGCAUUCUAUCGGUGCUGGUGGUAUAGCGUCAAGUUUUUUGACAGGGAGAACGGGGACGAGGCCUUCAACCCCGGCGAUUCGUUUGAGAAAAAGACGGCAUGUCUAAGAGAUUUGGAGAACGAGAGUGUGUUGGACAUGGAGCAGUUGUUUCAUAUAUUCACGGACCCGACAUUGGAGAUGCCGAUUCCGUGGGUGGUAAAGGGCUCCGUGAGUCAGUCGAGGUUUUCGGACGUGCUUUGGCAGUUGAGGGUGAAGGUGGAAGGGUAUUGGAGGAAGAAGUGUGGAAUUUAA